GCCGAACUUUACGUUUGCAAGAGUGAGCUGGCCUGUCCGAAACCAGAUUCAAGGUUUCGAGCGAGUCGCUCCAUCAAACUCUUCCAUCUCAUCCUACGUUCUGCUGACUUGACUCGCGUCUGAAGUGGUACUCGAUUUUGUGCCUGCCUUCAAUCUUCCCCAGCUAAUUUUGUGGCCUUUGGUUUCUCGAUUGUUCCUGUUUCCUUGUGACACGUACGGGUAAUCCACCCUCUGCCCUUCUUCCUUCUCGUCAUCGGCGAGCGGCCUCCGGCUGCUGUUCCAACACUGACCUGGUCCAUCACGAUCCGUUAUGGAAACCCAAUAUAAUCAACGAUCACCGGCCGUUAAACGGUUGAUGCGUGAAGCCCAAGAGAUGUCCACAGCCACAAAGGAUUAUUUCGCUCAGCCUUUGGAGGACAAUCUUUUCGAGUGGCACUUCACAGUUCGUGGUCCUUCCGACACGGAUUAUCAGGGCGGAAUCUAUCAUGGUAGAAUCAUUCUUCCCACAGAUUAUCCUAUGAAGCCUCCGAACAUCAUCGUCCUCACUCCCAAUGGUCGAUUCGAGGUCGGCAAAAAGAUUUGCUUAUCUAUUUCGGGGCAUCAUCCUGAGUCUUGGCAGCCAAGUUGGUCCAUUCGGACGGCUCUCUUAGCCAUCAUCGGAUUCAUGCCAACCCCGGGUGAGGGCACAAUCGGCUCAUUGAAUUAUUCACCCGAAGAGCGGCGUAAACUUGCCCUCUCAUCCGUCCAAUUCACGUGCGAUCAAUGUGGAAACCCUUCACUCCUUUUACGUGUUUCUGGCGAAACGCAAGAAGAUCAAGAGGAGGAACGUCGCCAGAAUGCCGCCACUCAAUUGGAAGCCAAAGAGAUCGCUAAAACUAUGAGCAUUUCCAGUCCUACAGACGAGACUGCUCCAAAAUCAAAAGAUCAGAGCGAAUCAGAGGCCAACGGCACAGCCAAUUCUGGUCUUUCCCGGGAGAUUGUAGAGCGCAAAAAAGCGUCGAAAGCGGCUCAAGAAAGAUUCCGUCAAAAAUUAUUGGCGAGAACGAAAGGCUUAACUGGCUUGGAUUUGAAAAUUGCUUCUUCCAAUUCGAAUCGAGCCCAUCAACCCAAUAUUCCUCCUGCUGGUAUAGAUCCCCUUGGGCAGCAACCUCGAGGGGCAGCGAGAAAUCGCCAACAGGAGGUACCAGGCCUCAACUCCUUGUAUGACUAUCUGAUCAUUUUUUUGGUGGUUGCCAUAUCCGCGCUUCUUUAUCGACGACUCCAUGGGUUUCAAGCGGAUGAACAGGUCAUGUCAUAAUCCUGGCCAUUGAGAUGAUUUCUAUCACACUCAUACAACAGGACUGCCCCAAGAUCAAUGAGAAAGAUGAUUUAAAUAACCAAAAUCUGUGAUUUGCACACGACUUCAAAUUGUGCAAUGGAUGAAUGCUGAAAUAAGAAAUGUUUCCAGACGAUA